CCGGCGCGCGCCGGGGUAACGAGCGCGCCCGUCACCGGCUGCCGGCAACCAUGAUUACUUCCGGUUUCUCUUCCCCCAACCCCCCAGCAGCAGCUCAGGAGGUCAGACCUGCCACUGAUGGUAAUAGUAGCAGCAGCUCCUCCUGCAAGAAGAGAAAGUUAAAUAACAGCAGCAGCAACAACUCUGAGAGAGAGGAAUUUGAUUCCAUUUCCUCCUGCUCCUCUUCUCCUUCUAAAAGCAACUCCUCAUCAUCUUCCUCCAUCAUCACCUCCUCCUCCUCAGGAGUUGCCUCCUCCAACCAUCACCUCCAGAAGAAGCUGCGUUUUGAGGAUUCCUUGGAUUUUAUUGGACUCGAUGUGAAGAUGGCUGAAGAGUCGUCUUCCUCCUCCUCUCCUGCUGCCUCUUCUCAACAGCAGCACCAACAACAGCUCAAAAACAAAAGCCUUUUGAUUUCUUCAGUGGCUGUGGGGCACCAUGCAAAUGGUCUGACCAAAGCUGCCUCUUCUACUGUUUCCAGUUUCGCCAACAGUAAACCUGGCUCUGCUAAGAAACUAGUGAUCAAGAACUUUAAAGAUAAACCCAAAUUGCCUGAAAACUACACAGAUGAAACCUGGCAAAAACUGAAAGAAGCUGUAGAAGCUAUCCAGAACAGUACUUCAAUUAAGUACAAUUUAGAGGAGCUCUAUCAGGCUGUUGAAAAUCUCUGCUCCUACAAGAUUUCUGCAAACUUGUAUAAACAAUUGAGACAGAUCUGUGAAGACCACAUUAAAGCACAAAUUCACCAAUUCAGAGAGGAUUCGCUGGAUAGUGUCCUUUUUCUAAAGAAAAUAGACAAAUGUUGGCAAGAUCACUGCAGACAAAUGAUCAUGAUUAGAAGUAUCUUUUUGUUCUUGGAUCGAACUUACGUACUUCAGAAUUCAAUGCUGCCAUCUAUUUGGGAUAUGGGGCUAGAAUUAUUCAGGACUCAUAUAAUUAGUGACCAGAAGGUUCAGAACAAAACUAUUGAUGGCAUUCUUCUGCUGAUUGAGAGGGAAAGAAAUGGUGAGGCUAUUGACAGGAGUUUACUGCGAAGCCUUCUAAGCAUGCUUUCUGACUUGCAGAUUUAUCAAGAUUCUUUCGAACAUAGAUUCUUGGAAGAGACUAACCGUUUGUAUGCAGCAGAGGGACAGAGGCUUAUGCAGGAACGAGAGGUUCCAGAAUAUCUUCAUCAUGUCAACAAGCGCUUGGAAGAAGAAGCAGACAGGAUAAUCACUUAUUUAGAUCAGAGCACACAGAAGCCACUAAUUGCUACUGUAGAAAAGCAACUUCUAGGUGAACAUUUAACAGCCAUUCUUCAGAAAGGUUUAAACCAUCUCCUUGAUGAAAAUCGAAUUCAAGACCUCUCUCUUCUGUAUCAGUUGUUCAGCCGAGUGAGAGGUGGAGUGCAAGUUCUCUUGCAACACUGGAUUGAAUACAUAAAGGCAUUUGGUAGCACAAUAGUAAUUAAUCCAGAAAAAGACAAAACGAUGGUCCAAGAACUACUUGAUUUUAAAGAUAAAGUUGACCAUAUUAUUGAUGUUUGCUUCCUCAAGAAUGAGAAGUUUGUAAACGCCAUGAAAGAAGCAUUUGAAACAUUCAUUAACAAAAGACCAAAUAAGCCAGCUGAGCUCAUAGCUAAAUAUGUAGAUUCAAAGCUUCGUGCAGGCAACAAAGAAGCUACUGAUGAAGAACUUGAAAAAAUGCUGGAUAAAAUCAUGAUCAUAUUUAGAUUCAUAUAUGGAAAAGAUGUGUUUGAGGCCUUUUAUAAAAAAGAUCUAGCAAAGAGGCUACUAGUUGGGAAAAGUGCAUCAGUAGACGCUGAAAAAUCUAUGCUUUCCAAACUCAAACAUGAAUGUGGAGCUGCUUUCACCAGCAAACUUGAAGGAAUGUUUAAGGAUAUGGAGCUUUCAAAAGACAUAAUGAUACAAUUCAAACAGUAUAUGCAAAAUCAGAAUGUACCUGGAAACAUUGAACUCACAGUGAAUAUACUGACUAUGGGUUAUUGGCCAACCUAUGUGCCUAUGGAGGUCCAUUUGCCCCCAGAGAUGGUAAAACUGCAGGAGAUUUUCAAGACCUUUUACUUAGGAAAACACAGUGGUAGGAAACUUCAGUGGCAGUCAACACUAGGACACUGUGUGCUAAAAGCAGAAUUUAAAGAGGGCAAGAAAGAACUUCAGGUCUCCUUGUUCCAGACGCUGGUGCUGCUCAUGUUUAAUGAAGGAGAAGAGUUCAGUUUAGAGGAGAUAAAGCAAGCCACUGGGAUAGAGGAUGGAGAGCUGAGAAGAACACUUCAAUCUCUGGCUUGUGGCAAAGCCAGAGUACUGACUAAAAGUCCCAAAGGAAAAGAUGUGGAAGAUGGUGAUAAAUUCACAUGCAAUGAUGACUUUAGACACAAGCUUUUCAGGAUAAAGAUCAAUCAAAUUCAGAUGAAAGAAACGGUAGAGGAACAGGCAAGCACUACAGAGAGAGUAUUCCAGGACCGGCAAUACCAGAUUGACGCUGCAAUUGUGCGAAUCAUGAAGAUGCGCAAGACAUUGAGUCAUAACUUGCUUGUGUCAGAGGUUUACAACCAGCUUAAAUUCCCAGUAAAGCCUGCUGACCUUAAGAAGAGAAUAGAAUCUUUAAUUGACAGGGACUACAUGGAAAGAGAUAAAGAGAACCCAAAUCAAUACAACUAUAUUGCAUAAACAUAUGUUGGCCUUUGUUUUACUGCACACUUGGUGUCAUACGCAAUUGCCAGUGGAUAAACUAGCCUGUUGAUCCCAUUAAUUGACUUUUUAUACUACCGAUGACUGAAUGAAAGCAGUGUAAUGGAAAAGUAUAGUAGAGUGGACUUCUUUCAGUGGUUAACAUGCCCAUUUAAAGAGUACUAUUUACAUUUUACGAAGAAUGCUGUUGAACUCUUUGCAUGUUAUUUAGUAAGAUGUGCAGAAGGCUGCAAGAAAGUACCUGGUCUUCGUGAUUCCAUUUGUCUCUGGGUCUGAAGAGGAGUCCCUUGAUAUAUGACAGAUGUCUUUCACACCUUUAAACAGAAACAGAAGGUUAAUUAAUAUAAGAAAAUAGCCUUUAAAAUGCUUAAACUGCAUGCAAACUUUUAAUUUACUGUACAGAAUGCAUUUCAAUUAGCAACAUACCAUUGGUUUGGUGGAUACCCACACUUGGAUUUUUCCUUUGAGGGUGGGAAAAUGGGGAAUAAGCUGAGCUAUACUUAUGAUCUGAUGGAAUAUAUUCUUAGUCACAAUUAAAACAAAAUUGUACCAAUAUAAAAUGAUGUAUAAAGUUUGCAGUGUGGGCAUAUAUAUUAUAUAUACAAACACCAUUCUUACAUAACUGUUACAACAAAACAGGUUCAGGUUUAUAUUUAUAUGGCUUGCCUAUAAAACUUAGUGUUCACUUUGGGGAAUUUUAAGCAUAAAAGAGCCAUAAUGGAAAAAGCGACUUUUUUUUUUUUCCACCAGUCAUGGGUAGGAGGCUUUCACCUCUUGGCAGCAAUACUCUACAAAGAGAAUCUAUUUAAAGAUAUUUAUGAAAAGCCACACUGUUCUUUUGGUAAAGCUAUAAGAACAAAAAUUACAAAUGGAUUUUAAUACUUGUUUUGCUUUGCAACAUUCUAAACUUGAACUAACCUCAAGGUUUAGACAGGGCAGCUUUUAAUAAGACUGCCCUGCUUUGGAUUGCUUUAACUUAAAGCUUUAAGAACUCAGCCCUAGAUGUGGCAGGCCUCCUAGAACCCAGACACCUACCUCUCAUAUAGAAAGAUAGUUAAGUAUUGCUACGAGGCAUCUAGAAGCUAUUUCCUUAGAUGACCAGAGAGCAUUCCUUGCAUCUUUAUAAAACAUGGGAGAAUAAGUCACUUGAAUGCAGAGCUUUGUUUCGAUGGAAUGAUUUUUUAUUGCUAUAGUAGUGUCUGUCCAGAAUAUUGGGGGGGGGGGGAGGGGGGCAGAAGAGAAGAAAAAGUGUCAGCAGAAAAUGUAACUCCUCCAUGAAACUGUUCUUCCUUACCCAGCUAAGCUUUAGACCUACCAUCAGCUGUGUUGCAGAGCACAAUGAAAACCUCAUCCUCUUUCAGGCACUGAUAGUCCUGGAGAAUACCAGAUAUUUCUUGAAAGCAAGAUGUUAUUUUUUUGUUCAAAGGCAAUGUAACUUAAGUCCUUACAAUCUAUAACUUUUAUCACUGUGAUCCCAUAUUCAGGGGUGUGUGUGUGUGUGUGUUAGGGGGAGAGAGUGUGUGUGUAUAUUUAUAUAUAUAUAUAUAUAGUAUCUGACACAUCCCAUCCCUACUGCUUUUUUGGUCCACUGUUUAAUUCCAUAUUUUCUCCAGCUGUGUUUUUUUUUUCCCAAGCUCUUCUAUAUACAGUCCUCAGUUGACAGAUGAAGCAGAUGUUUUCUUCUUACUUAAUUAAUUGUUGCCAACCUCUACUAACUGUCGUAUACAGCUCAUGAAACAAUCUGCAGAAAAUCUACCUAUUCCUUGACACUAUUGCAGCAUAAUCACUGGUAGACAUCCAGGAACACCCUUGCCUCUGUAAGAAAAAUGCUACCAAUAGAAUUUUAGUAAGAAACUUGGACACUGCUCCUGCAAACAGAGGCAGAUCUUUAAGGAUUAGUUCAAAUAGAGAUCCACUAGGGAGGAAAGAAUGCCUGAAAAAAAAGCCUUCUGUAUUCUGCAGUCAAUGUUCCUUUUCCUUGUAUGUGUUUUCUAUCUUCAGCCAAUAAAAGAUUACUUUUUAAAAAGGUAUUUUGGAGAAGAAGCAUAAUACUUAACUCUUUAGAAGGCAGAUGAUGACGAAAAUCAAUACUGAACUGGUUCUGUUCAGUCUAUUACAGCAAAUAAAAAAAAACUUUAAAGUUUUUUUUAAAAAAAAGGCAAAAGUAAAAUCCUCCCUCAUUAGACAAGUGUAUUACAUUCAGUCAAAUCACCAAAAAAGGUCCAAAUGCUUAUUUAAUUUUUAUCAGAUCUAUUUCAGUAAUUUAGGUGCAGAAACUAUAACACAGAAGAUCUCAUCAGACUUCAAGAUCUGAGGCAGACCCUAAGCUUUUUGUUGGCAAUCUAGUUAAAGCAACCCAAAGAACAACUUUGAGAAUAUUGGCUAGGCUGAGAAGAUGGGUGAGAGGGGGCAGGGAAGAAGCCUUUCGUUCUUGUAUCUUCAUGGCUUUUCCCCCAAGAACUUGUUCAUCUCUUCUGCUAAGGUCUUGCUCAUUCCUGGUUAAUGACAAAGCUGCAGCCAAGAUUAUUGUCCAGCUGAACAACUCCACAACUCUUUGCUGGGAUCAUGUGCCUGCCUAUUGAGCCAUAUAUAUCUCUAUAUAAAAAAUAAUGUGGGCUUGGACCACAGCUCAUCUGGCUAUAACACAGCUUGUCUGUUUGGCCACACAUUUUUAAUCUUGACUCUUGCAUGCAGUUUAUAGCACCUUGUUCAUAAGAAAUUGCAGUUUAUUCUUAGAAAUAUAUAUUUUAGGUUUUUUAAUCUUUAUACCCAUAAAUGGACUAUUUUUUUGUCUUGGCUGGUUUAAAAAGUGACCAUUUUGUUUAAAUGCUGUAAUUGCAAAUGUGUUGUAAACAUUGUUUUGUUCUAUAGGUUACACAAAGGUGCCAAAGUAAAUAGUUAAUAAAAAAAAAAAAAAAAAAAAAGCAAAUUGUUAAGUUGCUUUAGCUGUGGUUCAUAUUUUGGUCUCUUCUCCCUUUUUUUUUUUUCAGUUAGUCUUUAUUUUUCCUAAACAUAUCAUUUGCCCUAAUGCUUUCUUUUUUUAAAAAAAAAAAAAAAAAAGGUGCAUCUAAAGAAAUGUUCAAAUACCACUUUGUUUUUAGUGAUUUCGUACAGUAGAAAGAGUAUUUUCUUUGAAAAGUUAUGCUAAAAUUGUAAGAGUACAGCAGCAUUCAAAAAUGUAAUAUACUUUUUGUAUAAGAAUCCUUCAAGGUAUGUUGGGGGGAGGGAGAGGAGGGGAGGGAGAAACAACCCUGUUACUUUUCAGAAGCCUCUUCACUCGGCUACCAGAAUAUACAAUUGUGCUUUUUCACUGCAUCAAAAAGUUAUAGUUUAUGCAGACUUGCAAACAGGGCAUGUGUCACCAUUGCAUCCUUUGAUGCAAAAAGCAAAACCUUUUUAAUGUUUCAUAACAAGUCUGGCAUGGGUACAGAGAGUCUUUCUUAAGUUGGUAAAUAAUGUAAAUACAUGUCCUUUCAAAGAGUGAGUCUGUUAUCUAGGUAUUUUGUGUCAUUUAAUAAAUAUUAAACAGUUUUGUGUUGAUAAAAUUGUGUGUAAAAUGCCUUCUUACUCAAACUUCUGUAUGUUGGGCUUACUGAUGUUUGUGGCUUCCUUGAAAUCUUUAGCUUGUGCUUUCAUAACAAAAUACCUGUUUGCUGCUUAAAUAUGAGUAGUUCCUUUUUCAUUCAGUCAUUAAAAUCCCUUGAGUUUUCUAA